AUGGCACAUGUGCGGAGAUACACCUUACAGCAGCGCGAGAAACUAUUGCAGUCUCAGCACCGGGCAGAUGAAGAACGCAAAGCUAUCCUAAAACAACUGGAAUUGGAGAACAUGGCACAGUCCCAUAAGAAUAUCGAAGCAAUGUCCGAAGAACGGAGAUACAAUCGAAGGUUGGCAAUGGAGAGAAAAGAACGUGAAUUAGAGGAGGGCAUCCUUCAGGCUGAGAGAAAUCAGAUAGCUCACAAACAGCAAGUGGAGCAAGAGGAAAGGCUGGCCCAGGAAAUAAAGCGUAGAAAUUUGGAAAAAAUGCGUGAUGAGAAGAUGAGGCAGCAAAUCCGGGAGAACAGCCUGGAGAUUCGUGAAUUGGAGGAGAAACUAAAGGCAGCUUAUUUAAAUAAAGCCAGGGCUGCACAGAUUGCUGAAAAGGAAUUACAGAGAUUACAACAGAUGAAAGCUGAGACAAUUCUUUUCCAUGAAAUGAACAAAGAAUUAGAAAAGGCUAAAUGCGAAGAACAAGUCAAAGAAGAAGAAAGACAGAAACUUCAAAUGGUUUACCAGCAACAACUGGAGAAGCAGUUGGAAGAACAAGAACAGAAAAAGCAGCAGGCAUAUGAAGAUUUCUUGCACGAGAAGCGCAUGAUUGAUGAAAUUGUCCGCAAAAUUUUAGACGAGGAUCAGAAGGAACGUGAACGGCAGAUGGCCAAGCAGCAAGAAACACAGGCAUAUAUCACAGAAUUCUUAGAAGCAAGAGAAUGCUGGAAGGAGCAGGAGAGAUUGAAAAUGGAGGAAGAAAACAAGAAAAUUCUGGAAUACGCUCAAUUGCAGAGUGAACGGCAACACCAACAAAAACAACAGAAAGCCGAGCGUGAAGCCAUUCUCUCAAAGACACACCAAGUGCUUUCUGAGCAAAUUGCCCGCGAGGAACGAGAGCGUGAGGAAUUAGAAAAGAUCCGUUUGGAACUCUGUCUUGAAGAACAAGAAGAAAAAACAAGGCAGGAAGAAAUGGCAACUUUGGAGAAGAAAAUCCGGGCGAGGCUAGAAUUGCAACGAAUCAACGAACAACAAAUGGCUUUGAGAGCUGCGCAGAAGGUUGCUGAAGAAGAAGAAGAACGCCGUUUCAGGGAAAUGAUGAUGGCCAAAUUUGCUGAAGAUGACCGUUUGGAACAGAUGAAUGCCCAGAAACGUCGCAUGAAGCAACUUGAUCACAGACGAGAAGUGGAACGAAUCAUUGAGGAGCGAAGAGUAAAACGAAUCCGAGAAAGGCACGAGGAAGAUGAGAUGCAACGUGAGUUGAGACAACUGGAAGAACUAAAGAAGGCCAUUGUGGAGGAAGAAAGGCAGAAAUUGCUAAAGGAACAUGCCCAGAAACUGAUUGGCUACUUGCCGAAGGGUGUAAUCCAAAGCGAGAAGGAUCUCGAUAUGCUUGGAGAAGACUUUAAAAAGGUUUACAGCAAAAGAGAAAGAGAUCCAUUUGAUGAGGAAUGCUGA